UUUCUCUUCGGCCGCCGCUCCCAUUUUUUCCCUCUCACACAGUCACACUCUAGCAACUUAUUAUUUUCCCUUCUUCUCGACGCCGACCCUCUCCCCCUUCCCCCAAUUCUCUCUCUCUUCAGAUAUUUUUCUCUGUUUUUUCUUGCUUUUGUUUUCUCCCAUCCCAAACACCGAAACCCGACCGAAUGAAACCGAAACUCUGAUAAAAUAUGACAAAAUUUUCCGCCCUUGGAAAAGCCCACACAUUUUUAGUUCACUCUCUCACAGAAACUGAGAAAGCACAAAUCCAAACUGGCUCGACUCGACGAUCACGGAAAUCGCACAGCUCCGAUUAGGUGCGAAUUGAUCUCGGCAAUGUGUGACUCUUUGUCUUUUGGCGUGGGGCAUACGAGUUACUCCGAUUAGACAUUGUCUUUCUUUCUUCACAUUUUGAAGGUUGAGUUUACAGAGAAAAGAAUACAGAUUGGAGGGGAGCAACCUUCUAGUUUAUUUCUUGCUUCUAUAUCUCUUCUUCUCAGUGAGCAGGUGCCUUUUGCAGAGGACUUGGCAGUGUAAGCACUCUUCAACUUUAACUUAGUAAAAUUGAACUUUUACUACAGUUAUAGCUUUUAAUCUCAAUAAAAUGGAGAGAUAUCCUGAGACUUUACAAAAUUCAAUCAUCAUAAAAAUAAAAAAAUCCAUGUAGUAAUCAGAAUUAAAGUCUUUGUGAAAUGGAGAGGUAGUAAAUGCGCAUUGAUAGUAUAAAAUGGGUUUUGUUGGGUUUUAUAGUCGUGUGUGGAAACCCAGGAAAGAUAAUGCCAAGAUACUGGGAUUUUCCCUGUUCCCUUAUUUGUUUUUUUCUAUUCAUUACUGGAAGAAACAUAGUGCUCUGUUAUGUUCUAUUGAAAAUCAGUGAGUUUCUCCUAUUGUUUUGAGCAUUAACUAGGGGAUUUGCUUUCAUUUCUUAGCUGAUUCUAGAGAGGAAAAAAAAAAAAAAUGCAAGCCCAGUUUCUGGAUAUUUCUUUUUGGUUCCUUAGAGUUUGAUUUUGCUAUAUAGUCCUAGUGUUUUUUUUCCCCACAUUCAAAUUCCCUUUCCAAGUUAUAGUUGAAAUUAGGUUCUGUAAUUCUGGACAGCUAUAUGAAGUUAGUGCAACAAUGAGAGAUGGGAAUUCCAAGAAAAGCAAGGUUUAUGAAAUGCCAUCACUUCUCUUUAAGCCUUUGUUCUGAUCUUCAUUCUCUCCUAUAGUAUUAUUUUUGUGCUAGUUAAAUUUGCUUAAAACUUUAUUUCCCUCAAUAAAUUAAAUUAACAUGUUUUAUUGUUGGAAAAAAUUCUUGUCUUUGAGCCAUGAUUAUGAUGGUGGUUGGAUAGUUGGUUACUAUAGGUUGUGACGGGUUGUGUCGUGGGUCAUUGUGGUUGGGUGUCGUGGUUGCUGGUUGUGCUGUGGUGGUUGGGUCUUUUGAUUUUGGUCAAAAGACUUUGAUCCAUUUGGUUGAGGAAGAGAGACCAACAUGUGGGGAAGAGAGAAGGGUAUAUGAGUUUUUAUUUAAUAUUUAUUUUAAUUGGUUGUAUGUUAAAUUGGUUGAAAUUAUUUAUAUUGUUAUAUGGGUUGUAUAUUAAAAUAAGAAAUGAAAUAUUGGGUGCAUUGUUAAAAGAAGUUUUAAAAUAGAUAAAAUAAUUUUUUUUUAAGGUAAUAAAUAAUAAUUUUUCAGCACCCCAUAUAUAAAUGCUCUUAGAAUUCGAAUCCAACUAGUCACUAGAAGAAAAUAAAUAGUUUAAAUUGAAAAACCAGAGCAAUGGUUAGCUCAAUAUAAAAAUAAUAACCCAAAAACCUCUGAUCAGAUCGUCCAUUAAGCUCUCCUGUGAGAGAGAGAAAGUGUGUGAGAAAACAGAGCCCGUGUAAACUUCAUCACAACAAAUAUCUUGGAUAAUUGUCAAUAUAUAAACUUUUUUUUGUUUUUGAUUUUUUGUUUUGCUUUUGCUGUUACAUUGCACAACUAUAGAUACUGUGCACUAAGAGUUAAAAAUUUGAGAAAUACUUAUUUUUAGAAAUGACAGUACUAUAAGGGUGUGACUCGUAUAUGUGUAUAUUUAUAAAUAUAUAUAUAUUUGUGUAUAUAUAUAUACACCUAAAUGUAUACGUGUGUAUACCUCGGCAAAAAUGCACUCUUUUUUUGUUUUUGUUUUGUGUGUGUGUGUGUAAGAAAAGGGUGAAAGGAGAAGGAGAUGAGAGCUCUCAGUUGCGUAGAGAAGAAAACUACUGCUCUUAGCUCUAUGACUAAAAGUUUUCUUCUCUACGCACCUUUCCUUUCAACUGACAGAUUAUCUUCUGAAGUUGUUUUAGGAAAUCUUUUUUUGGCUUUACUUUAUCCUUUUUCCAUGACAGAUAAUGGGAUCAGUACUAAUAUAUGUGAAACAGAAGUUUUCUUCAAGUUCAUCUUACCCCCAAUCCCAAAAGACAUAUACUUGUUAAAAGAAAUUUCCAUUUUUAAAGAAGGAAGCACUGACAGAGUUGAGCCAGUAACAGAUGAUAUAAGUGAUACCAUUGAUCUUGCCCAAAAGCACUAAUGGAUGUAUUUAUUACUUAAUACCUUAUCGUUUUCUUCCUUUCAAAAGAUGUUUUGCUACUUUAUUGUAUUCCCCUUUAAAAACUGUCCCCUGAAGAAUUUUAAGCCCUUUGCAAGACAAGGUAAUACAGAUGAAAUAGAAACCCAGAUAGACAAUCUCAUUGCUGAGAUCCUGAUAGAAAAAGAAAAAGCUAGCAUCCAUGCACUUUAUUAGACAAUAGCAUGAAGGCCUUCAAGGUGUACUUGCACUUUGUUAGUCUUAAUUCUAAGGUUAACGGUCAAUUGCCUGGCAAACAAGAUAGCCAUUCAGGCUAAAAUCCCAGACCAAAAAGUUCUUAACCUCGGCGGAGGAAAAGGAUUAUUGCCAAUCCACUGCCAGAAAUCAGCGAAGAUUUCAGAAAAAGUAUGAAGGUGUCUCGUCAGAGACACUAUCCCUUAAGAAUACAAUACUACUGGCCGACGCAAUGUAUUCACAUGGAAAAUAAUGAGACCCAAAAACAGACAGAUUGACAGAUGUACGACUAAAAGAUUGCUGACAAACUCAACAAGAAAACUGCAGACAAAGCGACUACUACUCACCAUUAUCAAACAGUUUACUGUUCAUCAUCACGCGUUAAUAGUGCCUAGACAGAUCACGACAGACUAAUACUGCUCACCAGCAGGCGUAAAUAAUACACCGACAGAUUACUGUUUAUCAAUAGUAAUUUUUCCAUGAUUCUACAGGAUUACAUCAAAACUCAAGUUAUCUUUUCCUACUUGAGUUACUUUUCAAGACAGACAUGGUUUAUUUUCUCUAUAAAAAGACAGAUUCAUAGGUCUAAGUUUUAGAUCCAAUUACAGAACCCUUUCUCCCUCUCUUAGCCAAGACAGACGCUUGUAAUCUUCUCCCUCCCAGACCUCACGGACAUAGCCUUUUAUACUUUCAGACAGACUUCUAUUUGUAAUCCUAUAUUUCAAAGACAGAAGUCUAUUUCAAGCUUUGUAUCAAAGACAGGAGUUUUUCAGUUCAAUACUGAGUCUGCUGAAAACUAAGGCCAAGGAUGCCUUAUAUAGAUGGAGGGAGCCUUGGAUCCAUUCAGGAGAUUGCUUGAAUAACGGAAGGUGAAAUGCUUUUACUUCCAGUGAAUAGUAGCUUGCUAGCAGCUCUGCUAGUGCGGGUACUGUUCAUGGAAUAGUAACCGGAUUUGCAAAGGUGGUUCUUAAGCUUGUCUGGGCUUCUGGAGCUGUUCUAGAGCGUCCGGGAGCCUAUCUGAAAUGUGUUAAUCAGUAUCAUGGCCAGAUGGGUACCCGUCAUAAGGAUCCCAUGGAGGGUCAUAGUCACAGUUGUGCUCAUGAUACUUGGCAUACUUAUCACAAAAGCCACAAUACAGGAUAGGUUCAUAAUCUGCUUGUUGCAGAACUAACUGUCCGGGCUUAAUGUAGUCAAUUCUUUCGGUAUGGAGAGCUUCAGAAUACUGCCUGGUGGUAAACACUGUAAUUCUUCCAGUAUUUCCAACAAAGUGGUAAUUCUGCCAAAGCUCGCUGGUGACAUCUAAAAUCUCAUUGUUGAAGUAUCCUCCCCAGCAACUUGCAAGAGCUUCGGGGUCUUCAUUAUGGAGAUAAGAGUCUCCUUCAUACCAAGGGCCAUUAUGGGUGUACCCGUUGAUGAGUACAAGAUGGUGCGCAGGUUGGACAAUCAUCCAAUUGCUUCUGUCCCAUUGUGGGAGAGUACUCCAGCAUCUGAUGGAGAUGAAUGGACUCUUGAUUUUUGAAACAACCUGUCAGACGAUCUGUGGGAACUAGUUGAUCUGUUUUGUUUUACAUCUAUUUUCUGAUAGCACUUCCACUUCCAUAUAUUGCAUUUUUCAUCUACUACUUCAUCUUAGUCAGUGUUUACUGUUCUUUCUUUUAGUGGUAGGCUGAGCCUCCCGUUUAUUCAAACUGUUUAUUAUCUUGAGAUUAUCUGUUUGAGCUAAUCCUUUGCUUCCCAGUUAUCUUCUUCUUCUUGUCUUUGUUUCUUUCCCCACAAUUUGUUGCAGAUGUGUACUAAGCCAAGUUCUGUGAGGAGAUGUUAUCCAGUAAGUCUAGGAGUAAGCUCGGUUUUGUGUUCGUCUGCUACCCAGUAAGUCUUAAGUACCGAGGUUGAGUGUGAACCGAGAGUUUCCCCUGUUAGCCGUUAGCCAGGUGGGUGUUGAGGCGUUGUUGAGGGAAAGUAAAGGUUCGUAUACACUUAGUAUUAGGGAAAAGUGGCGGUUAGUAGUAGCAGAAAACACAGAAGGCGUCCGAGUGGCGGUAAGUUGGUAACAUAUUACAGAAGGCGUCCAUACACUCCCUGUUUCAGAUCUAAGGAUAGAUCCAGAAAUUGGAAGAUAAAGGUAGUCUAGGUUGUAAUUGAUUUCUUAGGCUUUUAAUCCAGAAUGAUAAAUAGGAUGUUUAGAAGGAGUGACUCUUCCACUUCCAUUAGAUCUAGCAGUACAAACCCUCCUGAGAUUCCACAAGAAGAUGGAACAAUCAACUCAGAGUCGUACCAGCUUUCAGAUCUAGAUCAGAAGUUAGGAGAUUGGAACAUACCCAAAGUUCCCACAACCCAAGUCUAUAAGUCUUCGUCAAGGUCUUUGAAAAAGUCUUUCAGAACGGACUACCAUGUUAGGACUAUAGAACAAGUUUACAGCAUUAGUAAGGAAUAUGAAACCUGUUAUUUGUUGUCCCCUGCAGUCAUGAAAGCUCACAGGGAAAAUGGUCAUAAAUUCCUCCACAUAGGACUUGUCCAAGUUGGAGUAAAACCAUUGAUCAGAGAAGGUUUGAACAACUCGAUCCUUAUGGCACUUAGAGACAUCCGUCUUAUCAGAUUUAAAGACAGUCUCCUAGGAACCAUAGAAUCCAGUUUGAGUAACGGUCCAAUUCACUUCGACUGUUUCCCAAACCUCACUGUUGCACUUGACGACCCUCACAUCUUGAAGGUCUUCACCCUCAACAUUAAAACCCAUGGAACCCUUCUGUUACAUGGCACCAAACAGCUUGCUCUUAUAUACAGAGUAUAUUAUAAGUGUAUGAGGACGAACAUGUCCAUCCAGAUAGUUGAUAAGAGAAAGCCAGGUGAAACCACUCUUAUCCAAACCUCAGAUGUUAGAUUCACCGUUCAGGUACCAAGAACCCUGAAAUGGUCUGAAAUAACAUUCCCAGCACAAUGGACUCUAGAGAAUGAAAAUUAUCCUCUACAGAUCCAGAAUCCUGUUAGGAACCCAGAUCUAGAUUAUGUCCAGCAGUUAGCCGAUGGAACGGUUAGACUUAGCUUUGACCAAUCUAGGUUUAGAUCACCUUUAGAGUAUGAUGAACCCAGGCCCAGAUCCUCAUUAGAUCUGCACCAGGAAACAUACCAAGAACCAAGGUCUAGAUCAAUAGAUCUAUGCCAACCCUUUAGGCAGCCAACUAUCCUCUUGAAAGAUAGACCUGCAUCUCAGUGUAGUUCGUUUAGAACACGAGCUCCCUUUCCUACAUCUAGAAGAGACUUAAGUCCACAGUUUCAAGGUGUUAAAGACCACUCCCAGGUUAGUACUCCUUGUUACACAGCCAAACAAGACUCAGUUGCUGAUCAAGAAGAAGACAGCAAGAGUCAAGACAGUCUUAAGCCUCCCUCACCAUCAGGAUCUGAUUUUAAAAAUCCUAUUCAGCAGGAAACUGAAUAUGACCAUCAGCUCCUAAUGUUGACAAAAGAGUUCAUCCCUGAUAUGAACGCUCUUGAAAAGGAAUUUAAUUCUGAAAAGAACAGAGUUAAAAGAGAAGCCUAUAGAGCCAACCAUACCAAGGAACAAAAGGUUGAAGUUUUGGAGAAAUGGAAGUUAUUCAUGAAAAAGGUACAAGCUGAUUAUCCUUUCUUUGAAUACUUUGAGAAACAUUUCAAAUGGCAUAAAAAGAACUGUGUCAUUCCCAAAACCAAACUUCCUACAAAAACCCUUCCACCAACAAAGGCUAGACAUUCAACACAGAAAGAAGAGGAACCAGUCUCUCCUUCACCUGAACUAAAUGUCUUAGAAGCCCACAUAUCUUCUAGUAGUUCUAAUGAACCCUCCUCAGAAAAGGAGAAAGAACCACUAGAUGACCAACUUGGUGAUACACCCUCACUUCCUCCUAAGAAAUGGAUAUCCAAAUUUAGAGGUAACCUAGCCUUUAAGGAUUUCCACAGGAAGAAGAUAGUUUCCAAAGAAUAUAGAAGACAGAAGUUCAAAAACAAUGACUUCUAUAAGAAAGGAAACCCCAACCCCUUAGUACCCUUUUCCAGUUCACCUAAGGUUUCACCUGUGUCACCAUCCGUUGUUGCCAAUCGUUAUUUGGUCUCCACAAUCCCGAAACCAAAUUACCAUAGGCCCCAAGGACAACACAGUUAUAGUUCUGCUCUAGCCACAUUGCCUUCCAAAGCAACUUCUCCAUAUACAGUUGAAGAACCUUUUGGCCCGAUUGUGCCUAAGCAACCCUCCUUCACUCUCCCUCCUAGAACAGGAAGAGCCUCUUACAUCAAGAAACCUUUUGUUCAGCAUAUCUCUUAUGUUGAGCCACACUUAGCUCACAUAACGGAUCCGCUAGCAUUAGCAAUGGAAGUAUUGCCCCAUGAAUGGCAUUUCCUUCCCAAAAGCCUAGAGAAAAACAUCAAAUUCUAUAAAGACAUUCUCAUCCAAGAAAAGUCUGCCAGAAUAGAAGACAUCAGAGAUAGGAAUAAUCCCUCAAUUGUCCUAUACCAUAAAUUCAUAAUUCAGAGUUUUGUAAGCUGUAAAGAAUGGGGACACCCCUCCACUCUCAGGACACUUACAGUACUCAAGGGCUCAGAACUCCUGUAUAAUUAUUAUGACUAUAUGGAUGCUUUUGAAAAGGUAUUAUUCUUUCAGAAUGAGAACUAUGAUCACUCAUGGUUCAUUCAGAUUGAUAGGAAUUUCAAAGGACAGAUACCUUCGUGGUUCCUCAAGUGGUGGGAAAUGUUUGGUCCAACUCCAUAGAACUUCCCAGAACCUCUACAGGACGCACUAAGAUAUUUCGGUUCCAGAUUCCAGACAGAUAAGCAUUCUUCACAGUUUCUAGCUAUCUUGCAUAUGAUAGUUCAAUACAAGAUCCACUGGAUUAGCAUGUGGAAUUAUGCAAUCAAUCAGAACUUGCUCGAUAGGGAAUUCUUUACAAAAUGGUGGGAUAAAUUCAGACCAACUGAUGCUAUCUCCAAAUUAUAUAAAGACUUUCCUCUUCCAGUACAGAAACUUAUAGCUCAUUGCACAAGAUCACAGCCAAGCCUAGAUUCCGUUCUGAUCUCCGGAAAAUCUAGUAAAGAACUCAAGGAUCUUGCCCAACAGCUACUCCUGCAGUCUGCACAACUAGAGUCAGCAGAAAAGAACUCUCCUGCCUCUUCAGAAGUCUCGUGCAACCGUGUCCCAAUUGACCCAUUCCAGGAUUCUCAAGAUCCUUACGAUGGUUAUAAUUUGGACAGCGAUUAGAGCAAUUUCAGAACGGCUCCCGGAUGCUCCAGAACAGCUCCAGAAGCCCAGAAAAGCUCAAGAACCACCUUUGCAAAUCCGGUUACUAUUCAGAAUAGUACCCGCACUAGCAGAGUUGCCAGCAGAGCACUAUUCACUGCACAGUCCAGAACACUAUGCAGAGUUACUAUUCCAGAAAAGCAAGGGGACAAAACACUGUUCAUAAACAGUGACCAGUUACUGUUCACUCUACAGUACCCCAGCAGAAUCAUUAAGGUUACUAUUGCUUUCGGUUGAAAAGAUAUUCACCUGGAGGUAAAAGCAUUUCACCUUCCGUGAUUCAAGCAGUCUCCUGAAUGGAUCCAAGGCUCCCUCCAUCUAUAUAAGGCAUCCUUGGCCUCAGUCUUCAGCAGGCUUAGUACUAAGACCACACUAAAGGCUUAGUUCAAUACUACCUCAGAGCCCCAGUUUCACAUUGUAACUAGAAUACUUUGUAAACUCUCAAUGGCUCUCUUCUUCUCCCCUCUAGUUUACACUUGUACCAGAACUACAUUUGUAACCUAUUUGUGCUUCCGCCCCCAGUGCCCUCUGAACGGCACCCAUUUGUUGUAGCUUACCCCCAUCUGUUGUAGCUUAUAUUUUGUGUA